AUGGCCGACAACAACCAGGGCUGCAAGAUCACCCUCUACUGGCUCGAGCAAUCUCGAAGCCACCGCAUCCUGUGGCUGCUGGAAGAGCUCCACCUGAAGUAUGAGUUGAAGAUUUUCAAGCGUCGCACCGACAAGCUUGCGCCCGCAGAGCUCAAGGAGAUCCAUCCCCUGGGCAAGUCGCCCAUCGUCACGAUCGAGGCCCCGGGCUCCGACAAGCCUAUGGUUCUGGCCGAGUCGGGCGCCAUCGUCGAGUAUCUGUGCGAUCACUUCGGCAAGGGGAAUCCCACCUUGGUGCCCGAGCGCUAUGUGGCCGGUCGCGAGGGCCAGGUCGGCGGAGAGCGCGAGGAAUGGAUGCGCUACCGUUAUUUCAUGCACUACACGGAAGGUAGUCUGAUGCCGUACCUGGUGAUGACUCUCGUCAACGACACCAUACGCAAGUCACCUCCGUUCUUCGUCCGCCCGAUCACCAGCAUCGUGGCCUCGCAGGUUGAGUCUGCCUUCUUAACCCGCAACAUCGAUGGCAACCUGGCAUUCCUGGAGGACCAGCUGAAGACUGCUCCCGAUGGUGGUCUCUUCCUCUGCGGCAAGGACUUGACCGCAGCGGAUAUUCUGAUGAGCUUCCCGGUCAUCGCCGCCGGCCAGCGAGUGUUGCAGGACAAGAAGAACCAGGAGAAGUACCCCUUGUUGACAGGAUAUGCGAAGAAGCUGCAGGAGAUGGAGAGCUACAAGAAGGCCGUUGCGAAAAUUGAGGCGGCCGAGGGAUCCUUCUCAGCCUCUAUGUAA